CAUUAACUGUCAGCACCGAACAGAAAGGCUGCGAUUUCCAAUUAACAGGGAUUAACUGAACGCUUCGUCAGGCACAGAAACUACAGUCAGUCAGUGAAAAUAUCAUCAAGAAACAAAACAUGACACAGCAGCGCAGAAGUACGACAUCGGAAUAAACACUGACAAAAUAAAUAAACCACGUUAUUUACAUCAUUAUUACUGGUGUGUUAAUGUGUUAGCUGACAUAAUGUGUCAUAUUUUAUAAGAUUGUCCCUUUUACUGUAAAAUUACGAUUUCUAAACGAAUGACAGUUUUUGAAUAAAGUAGUGUAAAAGUACUUAAGUAAAGUACUAUGGAUGAGCGAGUACCCCAUUAUCUUGAUCACUGACUACAGAUAAAGGACGACCUGAGAGCUUGCUAAAACACAUGCACUGCCCCCUGGUGGUUGGCUGCAGUACAGCUCAUUAACUCCUCCUCCUCCAUGUUAGCAGAUGGGACAUGAGCCAAAAUAAAAACACGUCAUGUCAAAUAAAUCUGAUUUUGAUUAGUUAUUUGAUGCUUUAAAAAGGGGCUGAAGCGUCAUGAUAGCUCAGUGCUUCUCCCGAUUGGCUCAGAUGUUUAGUUUGCUGUGUUUUGGUGUGUGUGUGUAAACAUUUUAAUCAAACUCACUCAUUUCACUUCUUGCCUGCCCCCUGCUGGCCUGAAAACGAGAAGAAGAGAACCAGAGAUGUCAGCUCUUUUAGACCCUUUUCUUCGUAUCGAUCAGAGAGCUUUAUAACAUUAUAACACACAGAUGAAAAUAAAAGUUGGUUGUAGUUUCACGCUGCUGCACCUCUGGGAGCGAAUGUGCAGGUUGUGUGUUUGACCAGACGUUUAAAUUCACGUCUAAACAAACUGAAGACUGAGACAUUGGAGACGAGUCAGUUUGGGGCAGCAGCUGCAGUCCCUCGUCCGUCUCUCAGGACAUUAUGUCCUGCUGCAUGAGGGAUUUGUUUGAGCUGCACACAGAGAUCAUGUGACGCUCAGCGUGUGUGUGUGAGAGGGUAUGGCUGCUCCCCAUUGGUCAGUUACAGCGUGAAAAACACAUGGCUCGUCUCAGGUUGAUGAUGCAACAGCAGAUUACAUAACUGUAGCCAAACAACAGUCACAGUCAAACAGUGGGAACACUGGGAACUCUGGUCCCGUGUGUCACAUGGUAACAAGCUGCAGAAGGUCAGACAUGAAGUGACCUUACAUCGACCCUAUCUGUCCAUGUCGGCGGGUCUCCAUCGUCCUGGAGCUUGUUGGAGUAACGUUAGAGGAAAUAAAGCUGUUAGACGUGUGUGCGGUCGGCGUCCUCGUGAUCUUCUGCUGAAACAUAACACACUCUGUUCCUCUGCUGCGGCUUGUUCUAAUCCCUCUCAGGCUGUAGAAAGACUUCCCCACCCAGAAACACCACGAGGAGGCCUGCUCAGCCGUCUGAGGGAUCAUUGAGCGAGCGGGGGGCUCGAUGGUGGAGGAGAUGGGCCAACUGCGGAGCUCUCAGGAGUUUGCCCUUAGCGACCCUUUCUACUUCUGCAAGAAGGGUUUGGAGAGCAUCGUGGACGACCAGGUGACGCAGCGCUUCUCCUCCGAGGAGCUCGCCUCCUGGAACCUUCUCACUCGGACCAACCAGAACUUCCGCUACAUCAGCCUCCGCCUCACCAUCAUCUGGGGCGUCGGCGUCUUUGUACGUUACUGCAUGCUGUUCCCUCUCAGGAUCACUUUGGCCAUCAUAGGCCUCUCCUGGCUCGUGAUUGGAACGGUUCUGGUUGGAUUUCUACCUGAGAGCAGUGUGAAGAACUGGCUGAGCGAGCUGGUCCAUCUGACCUGUUACAGGAUCUGCGCCCGAGGACUGUCAGCCACCAUCCUCUACCACAACAAAGAAAAUAAACCUCAGAAGGGAGGAAUCUGUGUGGCCAAUCACACCUCGCCCAUCGAUGUCGUGAUUCUGGCCAAUGACGGCUGCUACGCCAUGGUUGGUCAGAUCCACGGAGGCCUAAUGGGGGUCCUCCAGAGGUCGAUGGUGAGGUCGUGUCCUCAUGUCUGGUUCGAGAGGUCGGAGAUGAAAGACCGACAUGCUGUGACCAGCAGGCUCAGGGCUCACGUUGCAGCCAAGACCAAACUUCCCAUCCUGAUAUUUCCUGAAGGAACCUGCAUCAAUAACACGUCGGUCAUGAUGUUCAAGAAGGGAAGCUUUGAAAUCGGAGGGACGAUCUACCCAGUCACCAUCAAGUAUGACCCUCGUUUCGGCGACGCCUUCUGGAACAGCAGUAAAUACAACAUGGUCAGCUACCUGUUGCGGAUGAUGACCAGCUGGGCCAUCGUGGUCAACGUGUGGUACCUCCCUCCCAUGAUCAUUCAGGACGGUGAGGAUGCUGCUCAGUUUGCCAGCAGAGUGAAAUCAGCCAUUGCUCGUCAGGGUGGACUGCUGGACUUGGCCUGGGACGGAGGACUGAAGAGAGGGAAAGUGAAGGACUCGUACAGACAGGAGCAGCAGAAGAUGUACAGCAGCAUCAUCGUGGGUCAGAACGGCCUCAGUCCCCCCGCAGCUCGCAGAGACGACUCAGAGGACGGCGGCAUGACUGGAAGACAAACUGGACGAACUGCUUCUCAUCACCCAGAGUCUUAACUUAGCCCCAAAGCUCAAAUCAGGGCCAAUCUUCAACCCUGGGAGAGUGUAAGAGUGUGUUUUCACCAGCAGGAGGCAGCACAGGACAACACAAUCCUCCUCCUCUUCGUCCUCUUCGUCCUCUUCGUCCUCGUCCCCUCCAGUGUUUUAAACUUUCUUGUGUUUUCAGUGUCUCCUGACACAAACUGUUACUGAAGAUGACAUUCACUUUUAUUCAUUUGGUUUUAUAUUCUGUUAAUGAAGGAGGAGAAAACGAGUGGAAACAGAGAAGCUGUGAUCAAACUUCACGUCACACAUUUAAUGAUUUGAAUCUGACAGUCAGCUGAUUUCACUUCCUUCGUUUUGAGUUCGUGUGGUUUCACGUCAGCUCACGUCAGGACUGCAGUCAAGUCCUCAACGCAAACUCAGGUGACAGUCAGACAAAAGUCCACCAACCCGACAGGUUUAAUCACAUUAAUGAGGAGUUAUGUCAUUUUUCAAGUGUGACAAAAACAGACUCGAUGUUCAAAAUGGCCAAAAAGACAAAAAAACUAAAACUAAAAAACAAGAUGAAAAAUAAACAUGACGACUGGAUGGACGACAGUAAAACAUAAACGUCAUGCGUCCUUCUCUGCUCCUCCUGUGUGAACUAAAGCUGUGGUUCCCAACCUGCAGGUCGGGCCCCUCGAGGGGUCGCAGGAUGACCCCGAGGGGUCGUUUUUUCACACGUUUAUCUUGUUUUUUCUUGUUAUUUUAUUCUUCAGGCUUUGACAAUAAAAACAAACCAGAUGAGCUGA